GCCAAUCCUGCGCAAAGCCUAUCACAGAAAAAGUACUUCCCCAGACAUGAUUAGUGAUACAGUUAAACUUAAUGCUGAGGAAGUGAAGAGCAAAGGUACAGUCAUGAAAAAUCAUAGUAAUAAUGAUGAUAAUUGGUGGGUUCCUGAUGAUCGGACUGGAAUAUUUUACCCAAAGGGACAAGAGAAAGUGAUAGAAGAUGUUCCCUCUGCUGCAGGAAAGGCUACUUAUGGAGACAUUAAUUGGUUUUCUAACCAUGAAGAUUGUCUAUAAUUAUUCCUAUUGAUAAUGUAAACUAAUUUGGUUGUUUAAAAUGUCAUUCUCGAAUAUGUAUCCACCCAUUGUUGAAGUUGCUUUGUUUUAUAAAGAAUUGUCUUUUUUUUUUUUUU